CACAGUAGGUGACGCCGUUGAGCGGGGCAGCCGCCUGUGACUUAGACAUGUUAUUGGUAACCACCGAGAGAAGAAGAACAACAAAAGCAGCCACAGACUUUAAGGGCAGUUACACAUCAUCUCCUACCUCUGUGUUUUCAUUAGCUCCAAUUUAGAAAAAAUGUAACUGGAACCAAAGGGGGUUUUGCCGUCUGGAGGCUUGUGUGGAGGAGCAGCUUGUCAAAAGUAACGCUGUUCCUUUUUUCAGACGUGUAUUUGUUUGUGAAUUCGGCAGCUAAGCUAACUUGGACGUUAGCUCCUCCUCAGCUGGCUCGUUAACGUCUGAUAGACUGUCUGACCGGGGAUAAUCAGCCGGUGUUCACCCUCCAAAUUAACCUUACACCUUACCCUCAGCCUGCCCGGUGCUGAUAAUCAGAAUCAUACAUACAAGUACGUUCAAGUCUCGAGUCCUCUGGGGCCACAUUUGACCUUUCUUUCAGUCAGGUAGAGAUGGGAAGUCUGGGCAGCAGGUUCCAGUCCCCCUCUCAGGGGCCAGAGGAUGCUGCAGAAGGCACAAGUACCAGCCGCAAACACAGUUGUGAGUGUAAGAAGAGGAAAAGAAAUGCCCAGUGUGACUGUGACAGUGAACAAGAGGAUGAUGAUGAUGGUAUACUAGACACACCUCGCAGGAAGAAACUGAAAAGCACAUCAAGAUACAUUUAUCAAACCCUGUUCCUGAAUGGUGAAAACAGCGACAUUCGUAUCUGUGCUCUGGGAGAGGAGUGGAACCUCCACAAAGUGUACCUGUGCCAGUCAGGAUAUUUCUCCAGUAUGUUCAGCGGCUCUUGGAAGGAGUCCAGCAUGAUGGAAAUCAACUUAGAGAUCCCGGACCAGAACAUCGACACUGAAGCUCUGCAGGUCGUGUUUGGAUCCCUGUACCGGGACGAUGUUCUUAUCAAGCCCAGCAGAGUUGUCAGUAUUCUUGCCGCUGCUUGUAUGCUGCAACUGGAUGGUUUGAUCCAACAGUGUGGAGAGACCAUGAAGGAAAACAUCGGUGCGAAGACCGUUUGUGGCUACUACGCUUGUGCCAGUAUCUAUGGCUUGGAUUCUGUCAUGAAAAAGUGCCUUGAGUGGCUUCUGAACAACCUGAUGACCCACCAAAAUGUCGACCUGAUGAAAGAACUUGGGGCAGAGGUGAUGGAGCAGCUCAUUCAGUCCUCGGACCUUUUUGUCAUGCAGGUGGAGAUGGAUGUAUACACUGCUCUGAAAAAGUGGAUGUUUCUGCAGCUCAAUCCAUCGUGGGACGGCCCCAUCAAGCAGCUUUUGGCUGACGCCGAUGCCUGGCUAUGCAAACGCAGGACUGACCUGUGUGAGAGAGAGCCCUUCUUGAACACAGAUGAAGGUGCACCCUUUCGUUCAGUGUUCAAAUACGUUCGUCUCCAGUACAUAAUCAACGAUCUUGCAUCUGCACGCAUCCUGGAGAGAGAUAACAUUUUGCCCCCUGAUUGGCUAACGUCCGUGUACAAAAACCAGUGGUUUGCCAUGCUCCGGACAGAGUUUGACAAUGACAAUGGUCCCCAGGAAGCUAACAAAGAGGAGUUUGAGCUGAGCAGUAUGAGGUGUGGAAGGAAGCUGACAAAAGAUGGAGAUUACUGCUGGCGGUGGACAGGCUUUAACUUUGGUUUUGACCUGUUGGUUACCUACACAAACCGCUUCAUAGUCUUCAAAAGGAAUACUCUGAGUCAGCCAUGUGGGGGUGCUGUGAGUCUACAACCUCGGAGGCAUUUGGCAUACAGGUUACGUCUUGCCUCCUUUGAUAGCCGUGGAAAGCUGGUCUGCAGUCGCUCAACAGGUUACCAGCUUCUCACCCUUGAGAAAGACCAGGAGUAUGUGGUGAUGAACCUGGACAGCCGCCUGUUAUCAUUCCCCCUCUACGUGUGCUGCAACUUUCUGUAUACGUCGCCCCAGUCGGACAACCGUCCAGAUUCCUCAGAACAAGAAAGCACUUCUCCCAGUCUGUCUUGAUGCCUGUCCAACUGCUACCAUUCCUCUGGCGACGCCGAGACACUGACACAAGCUUGUAUGUACAAGCCGCCAUUUUUAACACCAUUUCCACAUUGGAGAUAUUCUCUGCAUGCUUUGUAAUUUAGUGAGGUGUGAUGGGAAAAUGGUUUGUUUCUAUGUAUUCAGUGUUUUGGCACAUUCUGAAUUAGCUGUACAUAGAGUUUACAGUAUGACAGAGACACAUCACAGUGGCCAGGAAGGAUUAGGCCACCCUUUGCUUUCAGAUCAGCUUCACUUCUCCUUGGAUCUCUGUCAUGAACUGUCUACACUGAGUUGUUGGGCCGUUCAUCAAGAUGGAAAACCUCCAUUGUGUUUUUGAGACAGUGGAAAUCCACUUUAGACUCUGCACUUCAGAACUUCAAAUAACGGCCACAUGAUGUUUAGAUCUGGUGUUUGUGAAGACCAUGGAAGGGUUUCACCAAACACUUGUGUUAAUGAAACCACUCUGAAAUGAAACUAAACCUUUGAAAAGCCUCAUCACCCUUCAGAGCAAACCUCAGACCUGGUGACUUCCAUGAGAUUAACUGGAAUACAGUUAUCCCUGGCAAACAGAAAGUGUUGGUCCAUCGCUCAGAAGUCAGCGGAAUGUUUCAGAAAACCUGAAAACUGCAUCAGUAACUUUGAACUUAAAAGGUGAAGAAACUUAUAAUUGUCAAUGUUAGAAGAGCAGUUGUUGCACUGACUGACCAUAUGUACAUUUGCUGUGGGGUGUGGACAGAGGUGUGGGCCUUCGCUCUACUGAUGGGUGCAUUGGAAAACUCAACCGGCACAGUGCCGUUUUAGCCAAGUGGGCAUGUUUUUCACUCCAUUUCUAAUUGGCCCUCAAGACGGCACCUGCCAUUUCUACUGACUCCGUGUGGUAGGCAAACAAAAUACCACAUAUACCAACAGUAUCAUAAGAAUCUAAUAAAUACUAAUAAAUACAUAUCCCACUUGGCUCAUUGUGGCAGAACCCAAAUGGAAAAGGUACCGUACAAUCGCUGCCAACACUUAAAAGCUGUAAGGAGAGUAAUUUAAAGUUCUUUUUCUCUGUCACCUGUGGCUGUUUGAUAAACAGCUGAUAGACAUUCAGUAUAACUACCGUCUCAUAUUUUGCCUACACUUCACUUAAGCAUCUUUCCCUGCCUUUGCUGCUAUGUAAAAAGUUGCAUGCCAGCAGAGUCGAAUGGAGCGCAGCUGAUGCCUACACUCAACAGGUGUCUAACUGGUAGGUACGGUAAAAGCAGGAUUUUCGGCCUGUUUUCGCUUUUCAACUCUACUGUGGCCAGGGGUUAAUCUCACUUUGCUAGCUCAGUCUUAAGGUGGGCUUGUCUGCAUGCUAUUCUACACCAGAGCAACUUCUGCCAGUGCUUUCAGAUUGGAAAAAUCACCACCUCUUCAGUAAAUGGGAGAAAACGGCAUCACCCCUUCCAGAGGACCUGGUGGACUUUUUGAAAUAUUAACUGCAAAAUUUAUAUUUAUAAAACUUUAUAUAAACAGAAAAUAGCUUUCAAAUGAUAUAAGUAAACUAGCAACGCUCAAGUAAACACGUUGAUGUUACAUAGCGUACCUCUAAGUGAACCAGCAUCAUGAGGUCAAAAAACCAGGAUUAACCCAAUAAUUUUUCUUCAUGAGACAUGAGGCUCCACAAGUCUUAAUGUGUUUGCCUCAUUUACACAGUUCACACUUGGAAUACCUGUUACUGACACAGCUCUCUGGUGUCAAACGGAGUCUCUUGCUCUUCUUACGCAGUGCAGUCGGUUCUUUUCAUAAUAUCAACUUUGUAUUGUGUUGUAUAGGCUCAUGUGAGCAGAAUUUUUUAGACUGCUCCCCUCACCAGAUUAAUUACCUUUGCAGUUAUGUGGUUAUACUUUUUUAAUUAGGUCACUAUUUGUGUGGCAAUUUUGGAAAAUUUGUUACCUCAUGUUGUUUAGAAAACUAAUAAAUGUGGGGAUUUUCAGACUUGUAAAGAAAACACGUUCUAAUUGUCAGUGUGACUCCCCUGUAUAGCUGCAACUGUAAAUGUCAUCAAGUUAAACGUUAAAGGUGUUUUUAAUUUGGCAUUUAUUUAUUUUUUACUUAAUUUGUAUUUGUAUGGAUUUAUUUUUGCAAAGGAAAAUAUGUACAAAAUUCUCAACUGCCAAUAAAACUGCCCAUUCACAUGGGCUGUGGUGCUAUCACACAA